GAUGGUCUCAAACAAUACUUCUCUCAGUUCGGUAAAGUCAUCGACUGCAACAUCAUGCGCGACCCCAACACGGGUCAGUCCCGCGGCUUUGGCUUCCUGCGUUUCGAAGACUCUAAGGCAGUCAACAUGGUAAUGGUCAGGGAGCACUUCUUGGACGGGAAGAUGAUCGACCCUAAGCGUGCCAUCCCGCGUGACACCUCGUCCAAGUCCUCGAAGAUCUUCGUAGGCGGCAUCCCCCAGCACACGACCAACGAGUCCUUUCGCAGCACCUUUGCGCAAUUUGGUCGGAUUCUUGACCAUAAUCUCAUGAUCGACAAGGAGACGGGCCGACCGCGUGGUUUCGGCUUCGUGACGUUCGAGAGCGAGGAGGCGGGACGCAGCGCGCUCGAGGGGAAUGGAGGUCAGGUCAUGCUCGAUGGGAAAAUGGUCGAUGUCAAGAGGGCGACAAGUAAGGGUGGAGCUGCGGCUGGCGACGGGGCAGGCGGGCAGCAGCAGCAGCGCAGCAACAACAACAACAACAACUACAAUAGCAACGCCGGUAGCGCGGACAACGCGAACAACGCCAUGUUCAACCCGAUGAUGGGCAUGCAGCAAGGUAGCAACAACGGCUUCGAUGUCAAUGCGAUGGCGAACAUGUUCUCGCAAGGCGGUUGGGGCACAGGCUCGUGGAAUCCGGCUCUCAUCCAGCAGAUGCUCAUGGCUCAGGCGACUGGCAACAGCGGAGGGCAAUGGAACCCGAUGAUGAUGAAUCCCAUGAUGAUGGGUGGGAUGGGAAUGGGAAACGGUAUGGGUGGGAUGCAAGGGAUGGGCAACUUUGGCAUGGGCGGAGGCGGCAACAUGAUGGGGCAGGGGAACGAUGCGCAGGGGCAAGGUCAAUGGGGCGGUAUGCAGCAGCAGCAGCAGCAAGGAGGCUACGGUCAACAGCGCGGCUUCAAUGCCAAUCAGCGUGGUGGCUACGGUGGGGGCAACGCCGGACAGCAAGGCGGUUAUAACGGCGGAGCUAAUCGCUACGGCGGCCAGGGACAAGGCGGCGGUGGCGGCGGUGGCGGCGGUGGCGGUCGUAUGGGUGGACCGACCGGCAUGGGCGGUCGCUCUCCCCUGCCUGGCCAGCAGAUGAGUGGAGCCGGAGGUCGAUCACCGCCUUCCGGUCCUGGAGCGGGCAGGUCGCCGCAGGGACAUCGUGGCGGCAGCGAGGCUGCGGAUGGGUAUCGCAGAGAGAAGAGUCCCGAGAGGAGAGGCGGCGGUGCAGGGGCAAAGUAUGGGGAAGAGCGACCCCUCAGAUAGCGGAGCGAUUUUUGCGGCUAUGAUUCACGAUUCAUGCUCAAUGCGCAUGUGCUCGCAUGACG